CGCGGGGGAAAAGUAGGGAGAAGCUGUGGACUCAUUCGUUCUCCCCCACUCCGCGCCCGCAACUUCCCCGGCAAGCCUCGGGCACACGGGCGCCGGCCGGAGCCCGCGGGAGACGAGAGGAGCCGCAGCAGCCGGCACCUGCCGCAGCCACCUGCCCCGGCCCGGCCCGGCUCAGCACAGCGCCUGUCGCCCAGCGAGGCUGCCUUCCAAGGAUUCCCAGUCUCUGUGCAUGUGAGGUGUGAAGGUGGGCAGGACCCCAGGCAACAAAUCAUGGAUUUUGUUAUGAAACAAGCUCUAGGAGGGGCUACCAAAGACAUGGGAAAGAUGCUGGGUGGGGAUGAGGAGAAAGACCCAGAUGCUGCUAAGAAAGAAGAGGAACGACAGGAAGCCCUUCGGCAACAAGAGGAAGAGAGGAAAGCCAAAUAUGCCAAGAUGGAGGCUGAAAGAGAAGUUAUGAGACAAGGGAUUCGGGACAAGUAUGGGAUAAAGAAGAAGGAAGAAAAGGAAGCAGAGGCCCAGGCUGCACUGGAAGCUAACGCUGAAGGGAGUCUGACACGCCCAAAGAAGGCGAUCCCUCCUGGCUGUGGGGAUGAGGAGGAGGAAGAAGAAGAGAGCAUCCUAGACACAGUCAUCAAAUACUUACCAGGGCCCCUGCAGGACAUGUUCAAGAAGUAAUAGCUGCAGACUGUUAGAUGGGCAUAAACAGUACUGCAAAGGAUUUCUCUUUUGCCCAAUGGGGAUUUACAAUCUUGCCAUUCAUCCCGCAGUCCUCCCCACCUCUGCCCUCUACUGCUCACUAGGAGUCCCUUCGCUUCCUAUUCCCUUCCAACUGUCUCUUUCCCUUUCCUCUGCCCCAAGACUCAUCCAUUCCUUAAUUUUGUACAUAGUCACAUCCAGUAGAUGCCUCUGAAUGGAUGUAAAGAUUAAAAAGCUGCAGACUACACAACUUUUAUUAUAAGCCAUAGUACUAUGUAUGUUAAAUACGGCACUGCACAUCAAGCAUAGAAAAGGAACAAUCUCAUUUCCAUCCAAUGCAAGAAGGAGUGUUCACUAAGUAUGAACAGUGGCCUCUUUAAUUUUUUUUAAAUUAUCUUAUUUUUAUUAUUGAUAAUAAUUAUUCAUUAUUAUAAUAUUCCUAUUGAUUGGGUCACAUUAGCCAUUUUUUGUUGAGCACAUCUGGUCUCGGAAGGGAUAUCUCAGUUCUCCCAUGAAAGCAGAGCUUUUCUGUUUUAAUUCCGUCUGUGACAUAAAUAAAAGAUCAUUUGGAAAGUAAAUCAUGCAUGACUUACUCAGCUGACAUCACUCAGAAUUGUGGAAGUGAGUCAUCAGCCCUCAGAUGCUGUAGAAGUUAAAUGCCUCAGAAUCUAAGCAAGAGUCAUGUUACUUUGGGAAUUAGCCAUACAUUUACCUUGGAUGAACAAAUUGGUCAGGCACUUGCCAUACAGAGACCUGAAACCAUAGAAGAGGGCACAGUGCUCUGGUAGAGGACCUCCCCAACCCCUCUGAAGCCAAUGACAAGUGUAUUUGCUGCUCUGUUUAACCAAUCUUCCUCUUUCUGCCAUAUUCAACCAUCCUGUUUCCAGCAGUGCUUGCAGGUUGGACAUUUGGAUUCCAGCACAUUGUUGUGGCUGUGUCCUGCCCACCCUUUCCUGCAGUGUGUGGGAGUGUGUGGUGGUCUGAAUGUUAGUCAUGGCAGAUCCAUAAAUAUCCAUUAUGUUUAUUGUGCUAAAUUACUGCAUUGCCUUGGGGAGGUCACUUAUUUUCUGCUCCACUGAGAUUCUGCACCUGUAAAAUGUAGGUUUCAGUCUCUAUCUACUUAAAAGCAUAAAGUGAGGGUGCUUCUUAGUGCUGUGCAGGAGCUAAUUAAUAUUACAGAAGUGUGUGGUAUCCCUUGAUGCUAGUAGGGUGGGAGAAGAUCUUUUUUCUUCCGUUAUCUUUGUGGCCUUUUGCAGACACAGGUACAGAGGUUUCCUCAAUGAAACACUGUAGAUAUCACAUACUUGCAUAAGAAAAUUCAAAUUCUAUGAGAGAUGUUGACUUGGUAAUACCUGCAUAGAUUCAAUACAUAGAUAGACCUAUUUUGAACACAGGUCCUCAUGAUCAGAUAUCUGGCUUGUCAUCUGAAGAGCUAAUUCUGAAAUUUUGCAUCUGGCUAGGUCUCUAUGUCGGUGCUGUAGACUCAGACUCACAAUCUUGUCAGGAGAAUCAGGGUUUGGCUGGCAGAACUAGCAUUUCUAUUCCCUGUCCUGGGAACAGAAAAACUUUCCUAAGUACAUGGAUGAGAUUUGAAAGCAAAUACACUCUUUCUGCUGGCAACAAAAAGGAGGAUAAUAUCAGA